ACGGUUAUGGAGCGUUGGCGCGCUGCAGGCCCUGCAAUGCACGCUGGUUCAAGGACAGCUGGGGUUCCCACGGUUGCCAGAUGUGCCAGGCAUGCCGCCGCGUCAACAGGCGAGAGCGGUCACCCUGCACCGCCACCCGGAACGCUGAGUGUGGAGAAUGCCUGCCGGGGUUUUAUAGCAAGCGACGCCUAGAUGGCCGACAGGAUCUGGAGUGCAUGCCGUGCGGCCCCACCUCUUCCCAUGAGCCUCUCUGCAGUAGCAGAAGCGGUGGUGUUGCCGCGGAGAAGGUGUGGGGUGCGGAGAUCGCAUCACCUCAGCCCUCUGCUGCUGCCACGUUGAGCGUCUCCGUUUGCGUGGCUCUGGUUGUCGUGGUGAUGCUGCUCUCUGUCACCCUGACGAUGGCUCGCAGAUGGACAUCACUCAGGAAAUGUCUCAAAGGCUGUCUGUUGCCAUUCACCAGCAGCAGUCAGGAGGACAAAGAGAUCACAGCCGUCUCCACGGAAACAAAGUGCAUUCUGACUCAGGAGACCCAGGAGGCCAGGACCUCAGAUACCAUGCUGAGGGAAUCGACACUGGAGGAGGGGUCAGCAAGGCAGGCGACGGAGGCGGAAGCUGAUGGCACCAGCACCACCUUCCCCACCAUGCCCGCUGUGCUGCCAUGCGUGCCACCACCACGCCUGCUGCGCCAGUCCGUCUGCAGCGACUGCUGCUCGUCUGGCUUUGCAUCCCUGCCCUCAUGCCCUUCCCCUGGCCUGCCCACACCACCACCACCAUCACUACCACUGGCCGCCAGUACAGUAGAACCUGCACCACCAAUACUGGCCACAGAGGGUCACCAUUGUGCCUCUGAGCAGGCCUCAGGGCCCCCGGGGGUGGGGGUGCGACAGUGGCACUCCCCAGUGGAGUGCACGGAGCUGGACGUCCACGAGUCAUUUCACCUCCUGGAUGCUGAGUUCCAGCAGCAGGCCUCCUCCUCCUCCUCCAGUGCUUGGCCAAGGGGGGCAGAGGCAGCCUCGCCUGGGGGAGGAGGGCGUGAUGGUGAUGGUGAUGGUGAACCCUCCCUGGAUCUCUACUCCUCCAUACAGCCAAACAAUGCUGAGGCUGGUGGAGAGGCACGUGUUUGUAUGGAGACCAGGAGGCCCAGUGGCCCAGAGGCAUCUACAGUCCAUAAUUUACUUCAAAGGACCUGCACCAUCAUGCAAGGCGUGCCUUUGAGGGCUCUUCCCGUGGUGCUGGUGCGGAGCCUGGCGCGCAGGCUGGACCCCGUCUGCCCCGGCGUGCAGGGCUGCCAGCAGGUGGCGCUGUGUCUAGGCGUGCCCACUGAGACGGCCGCGGGCCUGCAGGGGUUCGAGCAGGUCUUCCACUACCUCUCCUCCUGCACGCCGCUCACCGUGCCAGACCUGCUCGCUGCCCUCCACCGGCUGCAGAGACUGGAGGCCCUCUCCCUGCUGUGUGAACACUGCUGCUGCGCCACUGCAGAGACUGGAGGCCCUCACCCUGCUCUGUGAGCUGCAAAUGUGUGCUGCUCGGAGCGGUGUGAGCUGCUGCGC